AUGUAUUCGAAGAUUUAUGGUGUCCUGAAGGAAAUAUAUGGUAAAGUGGAAAACAAAGGAGGUGGGAAGGAGGCGAGACCAAGGCGGAGGAUUCGAUCAUUGUGGAAGGAAGGAGGAGGAAGACGAAAACUGCAGGAGUUGGUUCAAAGGAGAUUAAUCGGUGUUACCAGAUACAUGAAAGACGUGUGGUUUGAAUCUAAGUUUCAUAUAAGUCUAUUUUUUCUUUUUCGUGGUUCAUCUGGGUAUCUUGGCUUUGAAGGAGUUAUGUAUUGCCGGUCACACUUUGGUCAACUCUUCAAGAAGACUGCUACUUUGAGAAAAGCUUUGAAGGAAUCUCAUUCCUGCAUCAGUUUUGUAGUAAAAAAAAGGUUGAAACAUACAAGGUUAUUUGAUUGUGCACCUAAAAAUGAAGACUGUGAUUUAACCCGAAAUUGAAGAGAAGGGGUGGGUGAAGACAAGAGAGUUUAACUGAUAAAAGCUUAAAGAUAUAUUCUUGAGUUUUCUUUGAAAUUAAUGAAUUUUGAUGAGAGUUCAUUCAUAUUAGUUAUUAAAAAACUAAUGGCAUGAAUGAUGAGGUUUUGAUGUUGUUUGAUUAUGUAAUCAAUUUCUUACCAAUCAUCAUGUUCACUUUAUUGCUUAAUUCUAAUAGUGUGUUUGAUUAAUUUUUUAUCAAUGGUGUUGAUGUGGAUGAGUAAUGGAAUUAAUAUAGCAGAUUGAAUAAUUUUUCUUAGGAUGAGUAAUGGACAUGGUCGACUUUACAUGACGUUGGUGGAUGAGUAAUGGAAUUGGCGAAACGGAACCGGAACCAGACAAUGGUCAUCUAAUUAAUUUCAGAAAGUAAAUAUUUUGUUUUGUAUGUUCGGAUCAUAAUAUUAAUAAUUAACGAG